GCAUUUUGGCGCGUAUCUUGCGAUGCCUCUACACCGAGUACACCGUUAUGUUGUGUACGUGUGUGUAAGCGAGUGUCUAUUUGAAAAGAAAGAAAUGACAAAUCUCUGCAGUAACAACGGAAUAUAAUCGGGUACUAAUAUUUUCGGCAUCGGUCGCGUCGGUGUAAAUAAAAAAAUAAUAUCUCGUGAAGCUAUGCGGCCUCCAGUCUGCGAUCAUGUGUGCGGUGUGAGUGUUUUCAAUUUGCCGCGCAUUAGCGCCCGACUGGAGCGCCUCAUGGGCACCAAUGUGGUCAAGCUGACGGAUCGCGCCUACAUGAAGGAGCUGCGGGAACGCAUCGACGAGGACUACCGCAAGCAGCUGCUGUCCCGCAUCCGGGCCCGCGAGAUGAAAGAAGUGGAACGCGAACGCAUGCUUAUUAUUGAGGGUAAAUCGGAUGUGAUACCAGACGAACUGGCCGACGAUCCCAUAUUCAUGGUCAACAAAGAUGCCAACCUGGAGAUACAGAAGGAGCGCUCCAAGUUGAAGACGAGUCGGGAGAAGAAUGCGGAACGUCUGAAGCUGCAGGGCGUGAAAUGGGAACGGGAGCGCCUCCAGCAUGCGGCCCAGGAGGCCGAGCUCCUGGCCAAGAAACGCGAGAGGCAGCGCGCCCAAAAGCUCCUGGUGGAACAGUACCGAACGGAGGAUGCCGAGCGAGGCAUGGACCUGUUGCGCAUUGAGAACGAGGAUUGGCGCGAGUGCGAGCAGAGCCUGAAGGAGUUCCUUGAGUCGGAGCGUGCCAAAAUGAAGGAGCGUUCCUUGCGCGUUUCCCAGCCCUUCUCGUCGGAUCCGUUGGACAUACAGAACAUAGUGAGGGCUAGACAAAAGUUCCGCGAAACGGAGCUGCGUAUACGGAACCAGCUGGAGGGCAAACUGAAGGACGGCAACACCCAGAUUACGGGCCAGGAGUUGAACGAGUUCAUGGAGGAGGCGCACCGCGGCAGCAAUGAGACGACCAUUCGGGAUACAUCGUUGGACUCGAUCCAUGGUCAACUGCCGACCAAGUACAUGGACGAUAUCACCGAUGUCUCCGACGAGACCAUUAUCAGUGAGGAUGCCGUCAGCCUGACCCUGGCCAAGCAGCAGUACGCCGAGGAGCUGGAGGCCGAGAUGGAGGACGAGUUCAACAGAGGCUUGCUCAUCUCCAAGCAGCAGUACGAUCAGCUGCGCUUCGAGGAUGAGAAGAUUGUGGCCCUCCGCAAUGCCAAGGAUAUUCGCGAGCUGUAUUUACUGGCUGAAGAGAUCAUAAUGGGCGACAUCAUUGAGGAGGUCGAAGAGGGCGAAGAGGAGGGUGCCGAGGAGCAAGAGAUCGAAGUACCCAGCUCCGAUCAUGAGCCGGAGGCCAAGCCAGCCUAAGCUCCAGAGGCUUUUAUUCAACGUUUAUCAUCGUUCGGCAGAGAGAACCAUCAGUUGCUUCUCCUGCUUCCAUUUCCAAACAACAGUUUUUUAAAAGAUUGGACAAAUAUUUCAUUUCCCUGUUGGUUUUGAAAUAUUUCACACAAAUUUUGCAGAAACCUCAUCGAUUUGUUGUUGUUACAAGAAUACAAUCAUUGGGAAACGUCAGCAGAACUGUCCAUCAGACGCUAUGAUUUGAUUGUUGAUAUCUGUCAUGGAGGUUUAAUUAAGGCUGUAACGAGCUGACGAGCCGAUAGUCCCGUAUAAUCAUACCAAUAAAACGUACCGAAAAAUCAUACAAAAACA